UGGGCCCAAUCACAAUACCAACCCCCAAAAAUCGCGCAACAGACACAACAAAGCAAUCUGAGAACGGAGCUCGGCAGUCGAGCAGUCGGAUGGGUCGCAAUCGAUCGGUUUCCCCACUUGCUAAACACUUCGCAGAUCUCUCGGUUAAAGGUUCAAAGUGAUGUGAGACAAAAAAGGAAAAAAAAAAAACAAAUCGAAAACGAAAACAGAGCAAAAAGAAAGCAAGGCGGUGGAAAUGAAAUGAGUCUGGGAUCAGACCGCGGUAGCAGCAACAAGUUUUAGUGUCUCUGCCUUGUGCGCCUCGUUCGUAUUUUCGGCCCUGCGCUUUGCUCUCCCAUUCGGCGACUUUUAUUUUGUUUUGUUUUCCCCUCACAAGUUUUAUCAGAACACGAUCCGAUCCCGACCACCUCCAAAACGGGCCAAGCGUGCUCCGUGCUCCGUGGAGGUGAUCUGAUCCGGGUGCUUGGUGCCUAGUGCUUAGUGCAUGCAAGGCCAAGGCUGAGAGGCGCCAAUUACACAACUUACAUGCGCGGAGAGCGCGCGGGGACGACGCCAACGUCAACACCAUCAAAAAGAGAGGCACCAACCAUAGCCAGGCGGGCGGGCAGUUAAGCGAAGCCACCUAUGCCGUCGGCCAUGGCCCCCACCACCAGCCACCCCGGCCCGUCACCAGCCCCCAAGCUGGCCAAAUUCAAAUCCUCAUCGCUGGAUCACGAGAUCUACAAGGCCAACCGACGGGGAACCAUUGCCACGGCGUCCAGCGACUGGAAGGCCCUUCGUGGCGGAGUGCCCGCACCCGGAUCCGGCCCCUCGAAUGGGCGCUCCCUUCACGGCGGAGGUGGGACCCUCGGGCUUCCCGCCAUGACCCGAGCCGCCUCCACGUCCUCCCUAGCCAGUAGCACGCGCACCAUGACCAACUACCAGGAAUAUAAGAUGGAGAUUAUCAAUCAGGGAAAGUGCCUCUGUGGCCAAUACAUCCGAGCGCGUCUUCGUCGGGCAGGAGUCCUCAACCGGAAGGUGACGCAACGGCUGCGAAAUAUUCUAGAUCCCGGUUCCUCGCACGUGGUGUUCGAAGUGUUCCCAGCACUAAAUAGCAUGGGCGAGGAACUGGAGCGCAUGCACCCGCGAGUCUACACAAACAUUUCGAGACAGCUGUCCAGGGCCCCGUUUGGAGAGCUCGAGGAUGGCGACAUGGCCCCCAUGCUGCUCAAUUUGGUGGCCAAGGACCUGUUCCGCUCAAACAUCACCUGGGGGAAGAUAAUCUCGCUAUUCGCCGUCUGCGGCGGCUUUGCCAUAGAUUGCGUUCGCCAAGGCCACUACGACUACCUGCAGACACUGGUCGACGGCCUGGCCGAGAUCAUAGAGGACGACCUUGUCUACUGGCUGAUCGACAAUGGCGGGUGGCUAGGCCUGCAGCAGCACAUCCGGCCUCGGGUUGGGGAGUUUACGUUCCUGGGCUGGCUCACCCUGUUUGUGACGAUUUCGGCGGGCGCCUAUAUGGUGUCCAACGUCUGCCGGCGCAUCGGCUGCCAGCUGUAUUCGCUGAUAUUCUAGUGGCACCGUCGCUCCAUAGCGGCAGUGACGCCAUCGAAUCAUUCCUGCUUUCUUGGCACCCUGAAUAGUUGUUUAGUAGCAGCAAUGCAUUUUGUUUACUUCUAAUAUUGUUAUAUUCUUCUUGUAAAUACAAAACUAACAUAGUUUCAACGCAA